ACAAAUAUAUGCUAUAUCCUUUUUGCCACUAUAUGUACAUUUACUUGGAAUUAUUUUUGGGUGAAAAAACCUUCCAGAAAAAAAACUAUGUACAUAAACUUUCUUCAUUCUGAAUUACUUUUUAUUUUUUCUCUUUCAUACUAAAAAAAUAUUUGUGGCAUACUUAUCUUCUAACACCUAUUUUUCCAGAAAAUGUGCUCCUCUCUUUGACUGGAGUCUAACUUUUACGCUGGAAACAUUGGAUUCGGAUUAUCGGUCACUCUCAAUUUUAUCGUACUGAUUUUGAUUAGUGAAAUGCCUAAAAAGAUUUUUGGUAGCUACAAAUAUCUUAUGUUCGCUUUUUCAACAGUCGGGAUUUUCUUCUCGUGCUGCGAUUUUUUCAUCAAACCGAACAUGCACAUCACCAAGACUUCUUUCAUAAUAUUCACGGAUCUCAAACGCUCUGGAUACUCAUAUUCUACCGCGCAAAUCGCUCUAGCUGUUCUAUGUUCAUCAUAUGGAUUAGUGCUAACCAUGCUUGCAAUUCAUUUUUACUACCGAUAUUUAUCCGUAGCAUCUCCCACAAGUCUCUCAAUAUUUUCUUCAAAAGCUGCUCCCGUUUGGAUUAUAUCUCUCAGUAUUAACUUUGUGAUUUGGUUUUUCUGCUUCAUCAAAUUAAAUUCCCCGUCUCCAAUGAAAGAUGAAAAGCUUAUUCCUGAAUUUUGGGAAGCUUACUGCCUGAAACCAAAUGAAUAUACCUAUACAGGACCUCACUACUAUUACACAGACAAUUCAACUGGUGAAUGGAAAUUUCAUAUUCCCUCCUUUAUUGCUGAAGGCUAUACUGCUGGCAAUAUAGCUAUUGCAAUCAUUCUUUUGAGCAUAUUUGGUGUGAAAACUUACAAUCAUUUAUAUAAUCUUGGUGGAAUGGCUAGUCUAAACUAUCGAGAACUUCAGAACCAAUUGUUCAAAACUUUGGUGGUCCAAACUAUAUUCCCAAGUAUAUUUUUAUUUUUCCCAGUAUCGUGCUUAGUUUUGUUCCCAGUUUUUGGAAUCAGAAUUGGAGAAAAUGCAAAUUUAAUCAUGAUUUCAUUUUCAAUAUAUCCAUGCUUCGAACCUCUUGUCGCCAUAUGUUGCAUCAAAACUUUCCGGCGGAGAUUGCUCGGAAUCUUCCCGUGCUACAAAAGUAAUCGAGUUACUCACGUUUCCAGCAAAUUCUACAAUCCAACAACCAUAACCUAGGAUGCAUUUACGACUAUAUAGUUACAAUCUAUGAUAAAAAUGUUUUGUUUGAAUAAAAAUGGAAAAACGAAAU